AUGUUCAGGAUCAAUGUAACCUCUGCUACUUUCCUGUCGAAAUCAGGAAAUCUGAGGAGGCUAGUCCUGGAUCUUUCCUGGACUGAUCACCGCCAUAUCUUGUCAGCACAACAAUACCUCCAUCUCUCUGGUCUCUGGUCCCUAGUGGAAAUAUCUACUACUGUGUGCAAACGUUUGGCUGAAGUUAAUGGUAUCAAGGAAAUGCUGUUGUUGAAACUGCUGGAGACGAUGGAGCAAAUCAGGUCAAAUUCUAUAGCUUCAUCGUCCUGUUCCCUGGAUCCUCUACCAGCUGUAGAGUACGAGGUUUUCCUGAGUUUUAGAGGUCCUGACGUCCGCACGACUUUCGCCGAUUUCCUCCACAAAUUCCUGAAUGGUAAAAAAAUACGAACCUUUUUUGACGAUGAAGCACUUCGCAAGGGGGAAGAGACUGACGGUUCUCUCGCCAAGGCAAUUGGGGAGUCGAGAAUAUACAUCCCGAUCCUUUCCAAAGGCUACGCAUCUAGCAAAUGGUGCCUCAAUGAGCUAGCUCUGAUGGUGCAACAUUGCAAAAAAGAUGAAGGUCGUCACACCAUCCUGCCCAUUUUCUAUCUCAUAGAGCCUAGAGAUGUGCGGCACUGUACGGGUUCCUAUGAGGAGGCAAUGGAACAACAGAGUGAGAUAUAUGACGAAGAAACCAUUGAGGCCUGGAAGGAGGCUCUCAAUGCGGUCGGGCAAAUCAAAGGAUGGAGCGUGAACGAGUCAGAUGGACAGGGAGCAGUGGCAGAAGUAGUUUACUCUAGGGUGUGGCCACUGGUACACGAGAACUACAAGUUAGUGACGAAUGAGUUGAUUGGAAUCGAUUCUCACGUAAACCAAGUGAUAGAAUUGCUGAAGUUAGAAAGCGGCAUCAAUAUCAUAGGCAUUCAUGGUAUGGGUGGCAUCGGAAAGACCACUAUCGCCAAGGCAGUCCAUGACAAGGUCAUUACACAAUUUGAUCGUCGUUGUUUUCUGGAAAAUGCAGGAGAAAUACUAUCGUCACAGAAUGACGGCAUUACAACUUUGCAGAGAAUAAACAAGGAAUAUCCUUUCUAUAUGUGGAAGAAUUGUGAAUUUUAUCCUGGAAGUGGAAUUAGAACUCUCAUUUUGAGGUCCUUGAUAAAGUUGGAUGAGGGUAAUGUAUUCUGGAUGCAUGACCAUUUAAGGGACCUUGGGAGAAAGAUUGUUCAUGAGGAAGAUGAUCAACAUCCAUGGAAGCGCACGAGAAUAUGGUCCAACGAGGAUGCGGUAGAUAUGUUACGCAAUGGAGAGGGAACUGAACGGUUGGAAGUUCUUAGAGUUAACAUGGCAGAUGAGAAUUUUGAGCUUACGGAAAAUAAGUUUCUGAAAUUGUCUGGAUUAAGGUAUCUUGAGGUGUACUUUGGAAGGCUGAUCGGAGAUUUCAAGAAGAUUCUUCGGAAUCUAAGUUGGCUAAGUCUCUAUGACUGUCGUUCAAUCCCUACUGAUUUCAAUAUGAAGAAAUUGGUGAUUCUUAGUAUGAAGGGUUGCCCAGUAGGAGAUGACUGGAGAGAAAUUCCCGCCAGCAUUGGUAAACUUUCCUCCCUCAAGAUCUUGGACCUAAAAGAGAUGGACAUUGUAGUGCCAGAACUCCCCACAAGUUUAAAGUGGCUAACCCUCUCACUCACCUCGCCUGGGGUUCCCAAUCUCUCGGAGCUCAAGGACUUGGAGGGGCUAUCAUGGACUUGUUAUGCACUUGACUUGUCUGUGAGCUGGUGGAAGCUGUCCAAGUUGAAGAACCUGACGUUGAAGCUGUUAUACGAGGAAUCAGUCAAUCCCAACUACCAAUAUCGUUACUCUCCACGACGUGGUAUGAUAGCCCUUAUCUCUUCCUCGCCUUCCCUUCCGUCAUCACUAAAUACCCUAUCGAUCUCAGGUUCUCGCUUUCAGCACUUGGAGAGACUGCCGAACCUUGUGAAUCUGAGAAAUUUGAGGAAUCUAUUUCUGGAGUAUAUUGGGGCACAUAAGGUCGUCGGUCUGGGAGAGCUGAGCAUGUUGCAGAAGUUCCACUUAAGCAAUGCUCCAAAUCUAAUUAAUCUCGAUGGUCUCGAACAUCUAGAGCUUCUGAAGACUCUGACGGUGAGUGAUUGUGAUGUACUGAGAAAACUGCCCAGCUUAUCAAAUUUGAUCAUGUUACGGGAGCUCCAGAUCCUUUAUUGCCCACUCCUCUUGGAAAUCCAAGGGCUUGGAAGACAGGCCAGCUUAUCAUAUCUAAAGAUCCAUGGAUGUUAUCGGUUGACUCGUGUGACGGGGCUUGACAAAUUGGAGUCACUGCAAGUAUUGAAGAUUAAUUAUUGCACUUCGAUUGAGUGGCUGCAUGAUCUAUCCGCUUUGGAGCACUUGCGGGAGUUGAACAGCAAGGGAUGCAAUCAAUUGACUGAGAUGAUGGGGAUUGACAAAUUGGAGUCGUUGCAAGAAUUGGUGGUUACUGAGUGCGCGAUUGAGGAGCUGCCUGAUCUAUCUGCUCUGGUGCUCUUGCAGAAGUUGAAUAUCUCCGAAUGCAAUGAGUUGACUGAGGUGAAGGGGCUUGACAAAUUGCACUCAUUGCGAAUAUUGAGGAUUACUGAUUGCGCUUCGAUUAAGAAGCUGCCUGAUCUAUCUGCUUUCAAGCACUUGCGGGAGUUGACAAUUACUGGAUGUAAUCAGUUGACAGAAGUUAAUGGGAUUGAGAGAUUGGAGGGGUCAAGAUAUCUAACGAUUGAUGAAAGGCUGAAGACGAGUGAAACGAUGGUACAAUCGGAGCAUGAGAGAUUGGAGCCGUUGCAUAGGGAUAACAAUUCGCGCCCGAAGAUAUGGUCCAGAAUCCUCAGCUGCUGGGGAGUUUGUCUCAAGGACAGUGACAUGGAAUGGCUGUAG